AUGUUCGGACAAGGAAACCAGGAUGCAAUGGACAAUUUAAAAGUUGCUCAGUCAGGGAGCCAAAGUAAGACAAUCUACUUCCACACCUACAAGAAGGUCAAUCGAACACGGCGACAUACGGUAGCUGAAUGUUGCCCAGGAUGGGUGCAUGUACCAGGGAUGGAUGGUUGUCAACGAGGUGAGAGCAGAAAUGGGUACUAA